AUGCUGGACAAGCUCAAGUGGCAGAAGCAGCGGCUGCUCGACGGCGAGCCGGGCUACAAUGCGACACCAGCGCAGCAAGACGAGGCCCUUUCCUGCCCGUCGCUCAAUCUCUCGUACAAGGAGCGUCUCUUUGGCUGCCUCCUCUGUUUCCUGCUCGGCAUGGUGCUCUCGCUAGGGUCGACGGUGCGCUUGGCGCAGCUCGUGCGAGGCCGGCCCGCGCCGUUCGCCAUUUGCUACACGCUCGGCAACGUCCUCUCGCUGUGCUGCACCAUGUUCUUUGUCGGGCCCGUCGCGCAAUGCAAGUCUAUGUUCCAUGCCAAGCGGCGCGUCUCGGCCGCGACGUACGUGGUCUUUAUCGGCGUCACGCUCGCGCUCUGCUUCUCACCCCAUGUACCGCACCGCGCCGGCCUCGUCUUGAUUUCGGUGCUCAUCCAGUUCGGCGCGCUCUGGUGGUACACGCUCUCGUACAUCCCGUACGCGCGCGCGGCCGUCGCCGGCGUCUUUAAAAAGUUUUGCUGUCAAGACGACCAAGUGUAA